AUGCCUUUGCCUUUGUAUGGUGCGCGGUUGGUAUAUUCUAGACAUAUUACGUAUCGAAAUUUAUCCGGUCUGCCUGACAUUUCCAAGUCCUUGAAACUUAUCAGUGGGGUAAUCUCGUAUAUUGACGAUGUAACAGGUGUUACAGAGAUUCGCGAAGCUCAUGCAACAUUAAAACAGAAUGAAAAAAAGUUGCAAGAUGCUCAGGUUAUACGACGUAAAAAACGUGAUGAACUGGAUACGUUACAAAUUCGAAUGAAGCAGAUACACAGUGAACUGGAUAGAUUUUCUCGUGGAGAUGACAAGUAUCUGCGUUUGUUAACUGAAGAACAUGCAGUUAUAAAAAGUGAACAGCUUUUAAUUGCCGAAGUUAGAAAGGCGGAUGAAGCUGAGAAAGCUGCAUUUGAUGAAUUAUCAAGUGUUCUUCGGACCAGUCGAGCAAAGGAGCAAGAACAAUCGGAUCGAGUAAAAACGUGGACAAUUAUAGCUUCUACACUUGGUGCAUUAUUGGGAAUUGUUGGCACUUGGGUGGCAAAUGAGGUUAGGAUGCGUAAGAUGAAAGAGCUGGUACCAGAUUCGGCAUUGUUGACACCACUGGUUAAAAAGAUGACGGCACUGGUUGAGAAACAACAGAAUGAGGUGGCUGCAUUUAUCACUGACAUUAGAGAAGCAAUGCAUUUAAAAGCCGCUGAAGGGAUGGCAAUUGUUAUAUCAAACAAAGACGUAACUGGUAACGUACUUUCCGAGACUAUUGUCAACCUUCUACAGGAGCAGAAUACAGUUUUAACGAGGGAACUUGAUGCAAUCAAACGCUUGAUUGCAAUAGAGCUGAACUUAAAAGCAGAAACACCGAAUGUGGUCUACAUUGGUAAUGACAUGGAGGAUCUCCUUAAUAAAUCAGAGAAAAAUAUUGAAUCAAAAAUGAAACUGCAAACACUUAUUGAAGUGGUUUUUCUAUACACCCUUAUAGCCGUGUCCUUACCAUUGAUUUACGCCUUUUUUAAAGGACCUUAG